AGCAGAGUCGCCGUGCACACCUGAGCCCGCCGCAGCCCACCCAUCAUGGCCGCCCCAUCAAACCCUCAGUGUGCCGACCCCGGCUUCACGCCCACCGCCCUCGCCCUUGCGCACCUCCAUCAUCCUUUUGCACUCUGCACACCGCCAUCACCACGCACCCAGCGACGUGCGACAGACCCUGAGCGGCCACCUCACGUUUCGAGGACCUAGCCACACAAAGCUUGGGCAAGCGCUACAGAAGGGUACGCACCCAGCAGCUGACUUGUUGAAUCAACCCACGGCACCCCAGCGCCCUUCCUCAUCACCAUCACCGCCAUCACCACCCCGCCGCCGCGCAUCUUCACCGUUGCUGCUGCCCGCCCAUUUUAUUCCCACCGCUGCCAGCAGACAUCGUCGUCGCUCUGCCGCUGCCAUGUCGUCCACAAAGACCAAGUCGCUGCUUGUCAGGCUCCCGCUGGCGCCCGAGGCGCUGGCCAAAUUCCCCCACGAGCCGUCAUCAAAGUCAUCAGACAAGCUCUCGUCGUCGCCCAACACGCCUGCCCAGAUCGUCGAGCCGACGCCUCUCGACACGCCCGCCGAUGCCGCCACGCCCAUGGACGGCGUCGACAACGGCCUGUUGGCACCGCCCGCGACAGAUGCAAAGGGCAAGAAGAAGGCCGGUCCGCGUGUCAGUGCCGGCACCAAGAGGAGUGCUGCCGCUGUCGACGGAACCCCCAAGCCACGGGGUAAGCCAGGCCCGAAGAAGAAGCAACGCAUGGGCGACAUGAUCAACGACCCGAACAACAAGGCCCCCUUCGCGGCAACUGCGCCCGCCCAGAAGCUGGGCCCCAAAGCCAACAUGGGCACCAUCAACGCCAACCUACGUGCGCUCGACCGAUCCGGAAAGCCCUGCCGCAAGUGGGGAAAGAAGUCGUUCCAAAUCCGCAGCUUCACCGGCGUCGUCUGGCAGGCACCCACCUGGCGAGCACCCCCCAAGAGCUCCGCUUUCUCCGAGGACGUCAAGAGUGAUACCACCGGUUCCAGCGACUCCAAGAUAAAGGAUGAAAGUAGCGCCGUUAGCGACAGGAGCGGCCUCAAUGGAGACGCUGGCACACCCGUACCGCAAGCACGCCUCGCAAGCUCACCGACUCCUCUUGCUGGCGCUUCAUGACGUACCCUCUACCGCUGAUUGAGUCAUACCAUUCUACCAUGCUCUAUGUCAUGCACUCGACCAUGACCUUCUAUUUGCAUAUCCUUCCAUGACUAUGUUCGGGGUACAUUGCUUCGUGCUCUUGCAUGGAAGCUCUUCUCUGCUACUGUAUUUGUAUAAUAUUUUGAUUUAUGUGUUACGUAUGGCGCACUGGGACCCAAGGUGGGCUUGGGAUAAAGCUGGUUUCUGGAUUUAGGCCUGGAUAGCGAUGGCGUUUGCGGCUGGCAUAGGCGGGUGGCUGGCAUAGGCGGGUGGCUUCUACGUGCGCGUGAUCCCUGAGAUUUGACCAGGUGGGCCACCUAUGGAACUCAGUUUGGUGCACCGGGAGGUGUCGUACGGCUAUUUGUAUAUGUAUAGCAAGAGGAUGCAACCGCUGUACUCAUUUACAUUACGUACGAAUCGAGCUAUC